AUGGUCGAGUUACAAGCAGAUGAUGGUCUACUCUUUGCUAGUGUGCCUGAGAAUGUAACACGAGAUGUUGCUGGAAACAAAAAUCUAGCUUCCAAUUUUCUACAAGUGAGGCACUACUCUAUGCCUCUCAUUUCCUCUGUGGUUUCUGCAUUUACAACUGCUUCUUUUGUGCUGACAUCAAUUACUGCGGGUUUUCUUACUAUCUCAACUGCUAGCCUUCAAUCUGUUGGUACAUUUACGAGAUCAUCAUCUUUCUUGGUCUUCGAUCCAGCAAGGAAUCUUCUUAGAAUUUUGAGCCAUAUUCAGGUGUUCGCACUAUGUAGAUGGUUAGUAGUUAGGUUGCCAGUCGAAUUUUAUGAAUUUGCCAGACAUUUACAAUGGACCAUACCCUAUUUUUCUGUUCCAUGGGAAACUGAACCCAUGAACCUAUUCAUGAUAAGCUCUAAUCCCUUUGGAACUUCUAACUUCAUCACAAAUGCCCCAGCAAAUAUCGCAAACAAGUUGUUUGUCAAGAGUUCGAAUUUGGCUGCUUCAGUAUAUGGAUCACCACUUACUUCUUCAGAGUACCAGCAAUAUUUUGAGAAUGCAUACUUGCAGAGUGAAAAUAUGAAGCCAGAAGCUGAAUAUAUUUUGGAUUCACAACAUUCCACCGGAUGGACAGAAUUUUAUAGAAGCAUGUUUUGGUUAGCUGUGAUCUGUGGUGGUUUACUGGUUCUGCAUAUUUUUCUCCUCAUUGUCCUGAAAUUUGGGAAGAGAAAUUCUGAGAAGCAUAAAAUACAUGGAGCACUCACAUUCCCAAGAUUUGAGAUAUUUCUUAUAUUUCUUGCACUACCUAAUCUUUGCAAGUCCUCUGCUGUCCUAAUUCAAGGUUAG